GGCAGUCGUCGUGGUGGUUGUGUGCUUUCUUUCAGUUGCCAUUCAAAUUAUGAUCAACCGCGUGAGAUGGAGGACGAUAGUGAUCCUCCUGGUGGGGACGUCGUUGGUGGGCGACUCCUUAGGGAUGCCCCAAGCAACACUCGGAGGGCCCCCUAGCAAGCUCGCCCCCGCGGCCGCCGUGUCCUCAAGUCAGACGGGGCAUCCGUCGAACCUGAAUGUGGCACGGUUCCCCCCAAACUUUGGCGUCGAGAUCGACAGCAGCGAAGCGGUUGAAGGACCAAGCGAUGAAGUUUCUGGAAGAUGGCAGCGAGGAGCCUACCAAGCAAUGACCGGCUACACCCGCGGCAUGAGCCUGGGCGCAGAUUCUCACCAAACCAGCCUGGAGAGUGCCGAAGAGGUUGCGGUCCGGCAGCAAAACCAACAGGCCUCAGCCGGUGCAGGAUACCCUGCAACCAGGCAGACAGGAGGGGAAAGUACCUCAUCGAAGCAACAACAUGGAAGUAGUUCCUCUUCAGUUUCAUCUUCUACCUCUUCUGCUGGUAGAGCACUGUCUGCAGGGCGAUCACUCGCUGCCACGAAUACAAGGAAUGUUCAGUAUCCUCCAGCCCUUCCUGGAGCGAGAUCUCCCAACAGGAAUUUUCAGCGCAGCAUCGAAGGUGCAAGCAUUAAAUCAACCCAACAGACCACCACUCGUGGCAAUGACAACAGAAAUCUCUACAAUAACCAUCGCCAAACUGCACAAAAUACACAACAAAAGUUUUAUACGGUGAUCGACGUCGAUGAUGAUGAUGACAGCACCGAGAAUCAAAAUUCUAGAUUCCAAUCAUUAGGCAGACGAUAUCAUCCUGAAGGAUCACCCAAGACAGCAGCGCCACUAUUCAUUCCUGCCCAAAAGUCGGCGCAACAACAAACAAGUGCGUCUCAAACUUCUACCUUCAACAACCCUCUUUUGUAUGCUCUCACAGAUUCAUCGGAAGAGACAAAUGACUUUAUUAUGCCUAUUGUGAAAAUGGAACACGCGAACACGAAGCAACAGAGAAUUGCGCUCUCGGAAAGCGCGCUUAAUGACCGAUACAAUUUCGUUGACAGUCAAGGCAGCGUUAACUGGGGUUAUACUUUAUCCGACCAAUACCAAGAAGCGGUGGUGCAUCGCGAUGGCACCAUCGAGGGUAAAUACGGAUGGACCGCCCCUAACGGGCUAAACAUCAAAGUCGAGUACAUCGCUGAUAAAGGAGGGUACAGAAUCCACAGUUCGCAAAACAUCUAUCCAAAGGAUGACCCCGUAGUCGAAUCAGUGAAGCAGCAACAUCUAUUGGAAGUUCAACGAGCAGCCAACAGAGGAAUAGUCCAACCAAUAGCCCCAACUGGAUCCAUUGGCGGAGUAGGAGUGCCUUUAUCUCCAGCAGGCCCUGGAAUUGGCGGAUCAGGGACUGGUGGUUUCACAGUCGGACAUCCAGGAGCUGGGGUUGGCUUUGGAACCCAGCCUGGAAGGCCCUUACCAGGGAUUGAUGCACCUUUCGGUGGAGUUGCUUUAGGAGCCGGAGCAGGAGCGCCGUUAUCUCCAGCAGGCCCUGGAGCUGGUGGAUCCGGGACUGGUGGUUUCACAGUCUUCAUAGAUGAUGAGUUUACACAAGGUGUCGGACAGCCAGGAGCUGGGGUAGGGUUUGGAACCCAGCCUGGAAGGCCCUUGCCAGGGAUUGAUGCACCUUUCGGUGGAAUGCCUUCACCAGGGUUAGACUCGACAUCAGGCACAUCAUUUGGAACUACCGGACAAACCUCCGGAACUCCUCUGUUGCCUUCUGUAGACACUGACUUCAGAGCAGAGGCCGGAUUUGGAGCACCAGCUGGCCAAGAUUUUGGAGUUGGGUUACCUCCAGUAACAGGAGGUCAGGGCACAGCAUUUGGAACUGAUGCCGGAUUUGGAUUACCGGGUGGACAAGAACCAUCUUUCGGAACAGGUACUGGAUUGGGAGCUCCAGCCGGACAGGACUUUGGAGUUGGUUUGCCUCCAGUAACAGGUGAUCAGAGCACAGCAUUUGGAACUGAUACUGGAUUUGGAGCACCAGGUGGACAAGAAACAUCUUUCGGAACAGGUACUGGAUUGGGAGCUCCAGCCGGACAGGACUUUGGAGUUGGUUUACCUCCAGCAACAGGUCAGGGCAUGCCAUUUGGAACUGAUACUGGAUUUGGUGCACCAGGUGGACAAGUAACAUCUUUCGGAACAGGUACUGGAUUGGGAACUCCAGCCGGACAGGACUUUGGAGUUGGUUUACCUCCAGCAACAGGAGGUCAGGGCAUGCCAUUUGGAACUGAUCCUGGAUUUGGAGCUUCAGCAGGACAAGACACCACAUUUGGAGCAGGAACAGGUUUUGGAACACCGUCUGGACAGGGCUUUGGGGUUGGCUUACCGCCGGCAACUUCAUCAGUAUUGGGAAUUGAUUCGGGACUCGAAUCUUCACCAGGUACUGGAAGCGGAUCAGGAAGUAGUUUCGGUACUAGCAUCGGCACUGGAUCAACAGAUGCAGGCUUUGGCGCUGGGUCAAUCGACACUGGCUUCGGCACCGGUUCAACAGAUACAGGCUUUGGCACUGGUUCAACAGAUGCAGGCUUUGGCACUGGUUCAACCGACACUGGAUUCGGCACCAGUUCAAUAGAUACUGGAUUUGGUAGUAGCGGCUUUGGUACUGGUUCAACCGACACCAGUUUCGGCUCUGGCUUCACCGACACUAGUUUUGGAUCUGGCUCAACUGAUACGGGACUAGGUGGCAGUGGUUUUGGAACUGGAUCAACAGAUACUGGUUCUGGUACUAGCUCAACUGAUACAGGAUUUGGUGGUAGCGGCUUUGGAACUAGUUCAACCGAUACUGGUUUUGGAACUGGCUCAACUGAUACGGGAUUCGGUGGUAGCAGCUUCGGCACUGAUUCAACGGACACUGGAUUCGGCACCAGUUCAACAGAUACUGGAUUUGGUGGCAGCAGCUUCGGCACUGGUUCCACGGACACUGGUUUCGGAGCCAGUUCAACGGAUACUGGAUUUGGCGGCAGCAGCUUCGCCAGUUCAACGGAUACUGGAUUUGGCGGCAGCAGCUUCGGCACUGGUUCAACGGACACUGGUUUCGGAGCCAGUUCAACGGAUACUGGAUUUGGCGGCAGCAGCUUCGGCACUGAUUCAACGGACACUGAAUUCGGAACCAGUUCAACAGAUACUGGAUUCGGCAGCGGCAGCUUCGGCACUGAUUCAACGGACACUGGAUUCGGCACCAGUUCGACAGAUACUGGAUUCGGCACCAGUUCAACAGAUGCUGGAUUUGGCGGCGGCAGCUUCGGCACUGGUUCAACGGACACUGGUUUCGGAACCAGUUCAACGGAUACUGGAUUUGGAGGUAGCAGCUUCGGCACUGGUUCAACGGACACUGGAUUCGGCUCCAGUUCAACAGAUACUGGAUUUGGCGGUGGCAGCUUCGGCACUGGUUCAACGGACACUGGUUUCGGAACCAGUUCAACGGAUACAGGAUUUGGAGGUAGCAGCUUCGGCACCAGUUCAACAGACGCUGGAUUCGGCACCAGUUCAACAGAUACUGGAUUUGGCAGCAGCAGCUUCGGCACUGGUUCAACGGACACUGGUUCCGGAACCGGUUCAACGGAUACUGGAUUUGGUGGCAGCAGCUUCGGCACUGGUUCUACGGACACUGGAUUCGGCUCCAGUUCAACAGAUACUGGAUUUGGAGGCAGCAGCUUCGGCACUGGUUCAACGGACACUGGUUUCGGAACCAGUUCGACGGACACCGGAUUUGGCGACAGCAGCUUCGGCACUGGUUCUACGGACACUGGAUUCGGCUCCAGUUCAACAGAUACUGGAUUUGGAGGCAGCAGCUUCGGCACUGGUUCAGCGGGCACUGGAUUCGGAAGCAGUUCAACGGAUACUGGUUUUGGAGGUAGCAGCUUCGGCACUGAUUCUACUGACACUGGAUUCGGCAGUAGUUCAACAGAUACUGGAUUUGGAGGCAGCAGCUCCGGCACUGGUUCUACGGACACUGGAUUUGGCACCAGUUCAACAGAUACAGGAUUUGGAGGCAGCAGCUUCGGCACUGGUUCAACUGAUACUGGUUUCGGAACAAGUUCGACGGAUACCGGAUUUGGCGACAGCAGCUUCGGCACUGGUUCUACGGACCCUGGAUUUGGCACCAGUUCAACGGAUACUGGAUUUAGUGGCAGCAGCUUCGGCACUGGUUCAACAGACACUGGAUCCGAAACUAGUUCAACAGAUACUGGAUUUGGCGGCAGCAGCUUCGGCACUAGUUCCACGGACACUGGUUUCGGAACAAGUUCAACGGAUACUGGAUUUGGCGGCGGCAGCUUCGGCACUGAUUCAAGGGACACUGGAUUCGGAACCAGUUCAACAGAUACUGGAUUUGGCAGCAGCAACUUCGGCACUGGUGCAACUGACACUGGAUUUGGCGAUAGCAGCUUCGGCUCUGGUUCAACUGAUCCUGGAUUCGGUACUGGGUCUGCUGCUUCUGGUUUUGGCGAUAGCAGCUUCGGCUCAGGUUCAACCGAUACCGGAUUCGGUACAGGGUCUACAUCCUCUGGAUUCGGUGAUAGUAGUUUCGGCUCCGGUUCAACUGGUAGUGGAUCUGGAGACAGCACAUUCAAUGCCCAGUUCAACGAUACAGGAUUUGAUACCAGUUUUACAAAUACUGGGUUUGACGAUUUCGGUUUAGGCACUGGGUCUGGUGAUACAGCAUUCGGCACUGACACAGGUCUGAGCGGAGGUGUCAGCCUCAACACUAACACAGGAAGUUUAGAUACCAACUUUGGAGGUUUCAAUGAGGCCCCGGCAUCGUCUGGCCCUAGUGAUUCCUUUCGGAGCACAUCGGCUAACACAGGAGGAUUUGGUGGAAACGCUGGCGCCGGGGUUGGCGUUGCUUUGCCUAGCUUUGAUGGGACUAAUACGGCUACGAACGACUUUUUCUCCACAAGCGCCGGAUCAAGAGACAAUUUCUUCAACGGGAACGGAGGCGUCGGGGACUCUUUCUUCAACGGGAACACCGUAACAAAUGGUAACAACCUUCUAACGGGGCCCCCUGUUCCAUUCAGCGAUCUUAGCGCUUCUACCAACGACAAGAAGCCGUUUUUUGAGUUAGGCCCAUCCGGGACUGAAAUAACAGCUUCCUCGGGUGGGCCUCCCUCCCCCAAACCUCAAUUUUCCGGCAAUUUUGACCUUUCAACUCAAACCGCAACACCACAAGCUGGCGUCGGAACUUCUUCGAUUCAGACCGUUCCUGAAAUUUGCCUCCUUGCUAGUAAGACCGAUCCAGAAUUGCUACCUUCCGAGUGUAGAACUGCAAUCACUUCCGCGCCAUCUGACUUAAGCUUUGGAACUGAUACUGGCUUCAAAACUGAUACUGGAUUCGAAACUGGAGCUGGUACUGUAUUCGAAACUGAAACUGACACUGGAUUCGGAAUUGAAACUGACAUUGGAUCUGGAACUGGAACUGACACUGGAUUUGAAAUUGAAACUGACACUGGAUCUGGAACUGAAACUGUGUUCGGAACUGAUACUGGCCUCGAAACAGGGACUGGUCCUGUUUUCGUAUCAAAUACAGGAUUUGGAGGAGAGAGUGAAGUAACAAACAUCCCCGAAGAGUGUCGUUUCAUUGGCAAGCUGCACCCGACGCUCGUGUCGCGCGAGUGCCAACCUUACCUUCCGACAAGUCAGCUCACGGGGACACAACAUGCAACUAACCGCGAAAAUGUAGACCUUGGAGGCACGAAUACCAACGUGAACUUCGACGGAUCUGAUUCAGGUUUCCAAGCCACUGAUUCAGGAUUUGUUGGCUUUGAUGGGGCUGAUGCUGGCCCUGGUGGCUUCGAUGCUGGCUUGGCCGGUCUCGAUACUGGCUUUGGUGAUACCGAGACAUUAUUUGGAAGCAGCGAUGCUGGUGUUGGCGGUACAAAUUUAGGCAUUGCAGAAUCUGAUACAGACUUUACAGGCACAGGUUCCAGCUUUGGAUUCAAUGAUACAAGCUUUGGUGACACCGCUUUAGGCUUUGAUGGCUUUGAUCCAGGUUUUGGUGGCAACGACACAGGCUUUAGUGGAGCGCAUGAUAGUUUCAAUGAUUUCAGUGCAGUGCCAAACACAGAAGGUUCAGGAUUCGGAUUCGGUACAGGUUUUGACGAUUCAAACAGAUUAGGCACGAAUCUCUUAAAAUCAGCGAAACAUCUGCAAGGAAGCCGCAUCCCUGUAAGCCCCAUUCCCGUGAGGCUAGAUGGAACGCAGAAGGUCCCCAGCCUGCCCCUUCCUAGCGAAUUUAAAGGAACCGCCAGUUUACCAAACAGGCUAAACGGCCUCAAUGCCUUCACUUCAAGAACCCCUGUUCGUCCGAACCCCGUGCAAGUAGUUCAGAUGAAUGACUUCGAGAAACAAUCAGCAGGAGAACAAAGCAGAUCAUCACUACAAGCCACAACAUCGGUAGCGGAGAAUACAUUUGAACCAGAUCAGUUUCCGGAAAACCAGUCGCCACCAUCGUCACUGGUCGCACAGGAAAACCAGGGCCUUCAAGAAGAUGCUUCUUCAUCUGCAAAGAAAACUGAUGAAGAGCGCAACAUGAGACAGCUGAAGCUGCAGGAGCGCAACGACCGCCAGCAGAAAAGACUCAAGCAAUACCAGCAGUUCCUGAGGCUCGAGAGGGCAAUGCAACUUAAUAAGAGUCUUUCCAACAGCGAGGUUACCGCACCUGCAACAGGCAGCGUUUCCCCAGGACAUGCCCACCUGCAGCAGCAGUUAGCUAGACUCAAGGCCCAGAAAGAAGGAGUGGACCCUGAAGAAGUCCCUCCCCCCUCUCCGAACGCCAAAAGGCUAAGCGACACCAUGGAAAAAUUAGCCAAGUCAUCCAUACAGUCCAGGGGAGCCAUCCUUAGUGUCCUUAAGGCUUAAUGUGCCCUUAUUAGCCUUAAACCUUAGAUCCGACUUAGGUAGAUUUGAUUUAGGAUGCGUUAAGUCUGUGCCAUUCCAGUCAAAAAAUUAUCACGCUGGAUAAACGUUAUUAUUGGCUAAUUAUUUCAAAUGACGAAAAAAAUUUUUACUUAUAGAAUUCCCCCCUGAAUUAAUUGAAAAAUUAUGUUAAUAUAAUUUCCAAAAUUGUAUUCUUUAGCUAAUGUUCAAAAAAACCUUUUCAUUAUCUGAAUGCUGAUUGGCUGUUGGGUUUUAUUACUUGAACACUGAUUGGCUGUUGAUUAUAUAACUUGAAUGCUAAUUGGUUGUUUAUCAUCGUUGAUGUUGAAUAGAGAUAAGAAUGUGAUAUGCGUGUUGAUAGAGGGUGAGUUGUGUGUUCGUAGGAGAUUAAGACGAGACAUGCUAGUUGCGUAGUUAAGCUAGCCACCAGUGGAUUGCUACUAGUGACUUGACACUAGUGACUUGACACUAGUGACUUGACACUAGUGACGAACUACUAGUGACUUGACACUAGUGACUAACUACUGGUGACUGACUACUGGUGACUAACUACUAUUGACUUGACACUAGUGACUAACUACUAUAGUGACUGAACACCAGUCACUAGCUACUAGUGACUAGUUACUAGUGAUAUUUUGAGGCAAAUCAACUGUUCGUCUCCGUGUGCUGUAAAUCAACGCGUCAACUGGCAUCUUAAUUGGCGGUUAAUUGGGUGUGUAAGGUAACGCGUUAAUUGGCAGUUAAUUGGGUGUGUAAGGUAACGAGUUAAUUGGCAGUUAAUUGGAUGUGUAAGGUAACGAGUUAAUUGGCAGUUAAUUGGAUGUG